AUGGGAGUGUCCCAGCAGGAGCGAGCACUUGAGCGAUUUCUCUUCGGAAUCUAUUCCCGAAUUCAUCGUUACUUUGAGCGUUUGGUAAGAUCCGGCACAAGCGCAGAAGAAAAGCUACCCGACUUGGGCACCUACAUGGAGACAUGCUACCAUGGAGGAAGCCUACCAGAGUCAAACUUGUUUGUCGUCGCCAAGGACUCUGUCGGACUUGGUGGAACAGGAGACAAGACUGAGAGUCAGCUGAAGAGAGAGAAGGUCCUCUCUCAAGCUGUCCUCCGCCCCUACAGCCGCCGUCGCCGAUUGUUGCAGUCCCUCGGACCGUGGUCUGAUUCGCUAGACCGAUGGACCUGGCUCUUCUCUCGCACCGCUUUGAUCCUCUUCCAUCGGACGGACAACAACCUGGCAAUCUACCGACCCAUCAACUCGCGUUCCCAUAAGACCUUCCGCAGGGAUCUUCACCACACCUGGACGGGCACCCUUCCCGGGGACGUUCAAAGGGCAUCAGUCAACCUUCACCCACGGACAGCCUACGUCACUGUCACGGGCACGGCCCCGGUAGAUCCACCAGAUCCGGAGUCCUUGCCAGCCUCGAUCCUUCACAUCUGGAGGGAAUUGGCAGCCGAUAUGGACGACGAUUGGGGAUGGGUCCCGGAAUACAUCUACAUUGAGCGUGACGAACAAGUCCUACUGGAGGCACUGGAGAAGGGAAAGCUACGGGUGAUCAGCGAUGGCUCCUUCAAGCAACAAGUGGGCACAGCCGCUGUCCAGCUACAAACUAGACGGGGAGGGCACGUCAUCUGGAUCAAGUGCCGUACACCUGGUAAACGAGAGGAUCAGAUCCCUUGCCAAGCCGUCCGUGUGGCGUGUGAUGGGAUUGCCGCGCUUUGCCAGGCCUUCUCGACUUGGCCGCUGUCUCCAACCGCCCCACACUUUGAUCUCUUGUCCUCCAUCCGCGAGGCCCUCCGAGUUUCCAACAUAUCCUGGGCCGAACAACAAGUGGGCGGCCAUGCUGACCGAACCAAGACAUGGCGACAGAUGUCUUGGUGGGAACGACGGAACUUGGAGGUGGACGACAUUGCCCAGGGCUACGCCGACGAGCUGAUUGCCACCGACGACACGAUCGCCACCAACCCCAAGUUCUUCUCCAAACCCUGUGCGAUCUACAUCGACAACGAGAAGGUCUCCUGCCUGGCCUUGGAAUCGGUCGACAAAGCCGUCAUCCUGCCGGAAUUGAUGGAAUACUGGGCAGCCAAAGGCCGCCUCGCUCCCGAACACUUCCAAUCGGUGGACUGGCCGAUAGUGCACCGAGCGAUGAAGUCUCUGAAGCCCGCCGAACAGCGCUUCAUCACAAAACACACCGUUGGUGUUAGAACAAAGCAAAAUGUGCUCUAUC